UCCCCUAAACAAUAACAUGCACCUGCUUUCAGCCUACAAUGGCACUUCCAAUUUGGUCCCACUAUUCCCAACAUUAACAACUUCACUCUUCAUUGCAUUCAUUUGAUUACAAUUUUCAAUCAAUCACCACUCUCUUCUCUUCUCUUCUGCUUCACAAUUUCAGGGUCUUGUUCUGUUCCUGCAACAUGUCAUCCACACACUCUGAAGCGGCGAAGCUGGAACAAAUCAUCACCGAGUUCUUCGCCAAAAGCCUUCACAUAAUCCUCGAAUCAAGGGCAAUCUCCGCUUCAUCGCGCAAUUUCAGCACCGUUUCAUCUCCCUCUUCGUCCUCAUCAUCAUCUUCAAGCGUGAGGCCGAGGGAUAAAUGGUUCAAUCUAGCGCUGAGGGACUGCCCCGCCGCGCUGGAGAACACUGAGCUAUGGCGGCACGGGAACAUGGACCCAAUUGUGGUGGAUGUGGUUCUGGUUCAGAGGGAUCAAACCCUGAGUUUUUCUCCCAGAAGGGUUCUUCCCAGGAGUUCUUCUUUAAAGGAAAGGUACCCCUUUUGCUGGAACACUAUGAUGGAUAGGGAAGAAUUAGGGGUUGGGGUAGAGAGUGAGAGGGUUGUAGAGAGAUGGGUUGUGCAGUAUGAGAGCAGAAAACCCACUAGGGAUUCUAAUUCUGGUAGUAGAAGGUCAAGCAAUACUUCCUUACAUGCUUUGUAUAAAAAAUCAACUUUACUUUUGAGGUCUUUGUAUGCUACUGUUAGGCUUUUGCCUGCAUAUAAGAUCUUUAGGGAGCUCAAUUCCAAUGGGAAGAUUUGUGCUUUCACCCUUGCUCACAGGGUUUCCACUUUUGUUGAGCCCUUCACUAGUAAAGAAGAGGCGAAAAUGCUCAAGUUUGGGUUCACCCCUGUGGAUACCUCUUCUGGAAGGCUAUGCCUUUCAGUUAUGUAUUGUCCCUCGGUCUCGGAUGUGAGCUCUGAGCCUUCGACUCCUAUGUCCCCGCAAGUUAUAACUGAUUAUGUUGGGAGUCCAAUGGCUGAUCCUUUGAGGAGGUAUCCAUCACUUCCUGUGGCAAGAGUGCCAUUGCCCGGCACUCCGUCGUCAUUGCCAUCUUCAAGGCGGCAUAGUUGGAGUUAUGACCAUUGUAGAGCAUCAUCUCCUUCGAAUAAUUGUUCCCCUUCACCCACAUAUUCAGAAUCAAACACAUCUGUUUCCCUUGCUAGUUUUCAUUGCUAUCCACCCAACAGUUUGCCUCCUCAUCCUAGUGGAAUGUCCUUGCUUCAUAAGAAGAAUACAAAUUUCGACGAUUAUAACCCCUCACCAAGCUUCUCUCCCUCUCCCUCUCCAUCACCUCCCAUAUACAAUUUGGGAUCAUUAGCAUCAAAAGCACUUUUACGCUCUGAAAGUGCUCCCGUCUGCAUACCUAAUACUAAAGAUUCUGAUUCCCCUGGAUACACUGAUAGGCGUAAUUUGCCUCCAUCCUCUCCGCGUAGAGGUUUGAGGAAUGUGAUACAAACAUGCACAACAACUGAGAAGUUGUUUUCUCUUGGAAAAGAUGAGUCUCAGAAGUAUUCUGGAGCCAAGAUAGUAGCUAACAGCUUACCGCAGAUUUCAUUUUCCAGGAGCUCUAGCAGGUCUUAUCAGGAUGAUUUUGAUGAUACUGAUUUUACUUGUCCUUUUGAUGUGGAUGAUGAUGAUAUAACAGAUCCUGGUAGCAGUGAUGGCAAUAAUAUUGAAAUGGCCUGGAUUCACUAUGCUUACCAUCCUUUAUUUUGCCUCAUCUUCUGAACUCUGAAGUGUAUUAUUGGUAUUUAAGGCAAUUUAUUUUCUUCAAAGUAAGAGAUUGAUGUAUAUUUGUAGUUUGAGUCUGCUGGUUUCACCCUUUUCUUUUUUAAUGGACUACUGUAAUCCUAUCGCUUAAAAGUUCAACUUAGAUAUAUUGUACUAAUGCGCUCAUCCUGUUCUCUCUUAUACUGAUUCUUUGGUUCACAAAAUUUUCAUCUAUUCUGGCUGAUUGUAUGUAAUAAAGCCACUUAUUUUCAGAAAGGAUGUUAGAGAGGAUUGAAUAGACAGUGUUACAGAAUCACCAUGAUGAUUCUGUUUAUCCUUAUUCAUAUUUGAUUUGAAUAAAGGAAGAAAAUGUUCAUCAUUUGUCCACUAUUUAAUGUUGAAGUAGAUGGAGGGGGGGGGGGUCCUUUCGACAACCUCAGUCUUGCCAUGCCAUUGAUUCAGAAUUCCACAUUGUCAAACAGGGCACAUCAUUUGAGUAACUAAAUGAUUCCUACAGCAAUAGAAGAUUUUGAACAUUUUUUUAUAUAUUUGGCACUACAUGGUUUCUUGGUAGUAAGAAACGUCUUUAAAUUGUCUGUGGUUCAAAACUCUUGACCUUCUCAAACCAAGAAAAAAUAAAGUGUCCAGUUGAUAUAGUUGUUUUGGGGGGAUGGGUUUUGUUUGUGGUUAGGCUUCAAUCCCAUCUAUACGGUGGAUUUGUUUUUAUUGAAUAAGAAAAUUUACUAGAUAGAAAUGAGGGAGAAGUACAGCUAAUGGGAGGAUAGAAUACCCUCCAAAUGCAUAGGGAAAAAAGAUAAAAAGAAAAAGAAAAAUUAUAUGAAAUACUAAUUAGUGCAGCAAUGCUGCCGUAUCUCCGCAUAUUUGAAAUGGAAACUUCUUUGAAACAAUCAUGAGUAGAACACAUGAGCGAGGCCAUUAACAUCGUCCAGAACAGGUAAGGAGUAGAUAGGAACUUUUGGACAUGGGAGCUCACUACCACUUUUUAACUUUAUGUGAGGGUUGGAGGUUACAAAUUUGACAUUCAUCCACAUCAUUGAAAGUAGGGAAUCCCUGACAAAUGGAAUACCACUUACGAGGAAGCAUCCUAAUUCCUAUCUGAUCAGUGGUGAAUUCUUGCUCAGUUUAGUACUUUAAUGUGCAGGAAAUCUCCCAUUGGCUGGAAGGUCCAUCAUAUCCUUUUCUAGCAGCACAUUUUAUUUGGGGGGGGGUGUGAAAUCUGGGAAAUAAUAGUGUCAUGUAUGAUGUUUUAUAUAAUCUAUUUAUUGAUAGUAGCAGGUUCCUUUUCUCCUGGGAAUUCUUCAAUCCUCAUUAUAACGUCACUUAGAAGGGGCACUUUCAUCACCGCUCCACUUGGCUGCUAUCGGCUGUUUUGCUCUAUAAUCCAGAAGGAAUUGCUUUAUCAGAUAUAAUUUAAUAUAGUUGAGAAUAUAAAAAGUAUCCUGAUCCUGGCUAUAUAUCUCUUGUAUUUGUAUGGCCUUCUCAUUUGUACUUUGUAGUAGGAAUUAGUUUUUAGAUCUGGUUGCUACCUUGCUGGUAUGGUAUAUCAAAGACAACAAGAACUUUACUUGACAAAAUGCAUUGUGUGUUGUAUCUUCUCAGACAUUUCAUGUAAUUUAGUGACUAUUUUAAAUCUGUCAGCUGGUUUUUACUAUGCUACCAUUAAGAAUUGAGUUUUGCAUAAUAAUAGAAAAACAGAAAUAGGAAGAUAGUUAUUUUGAUUAGUUUGUAAUCUUAUGCUAGAAGAUUGGGUUGGCCAAGCUGGGUUAACAUUCUGUUAAUUACUUGAUACUUGUGCUGACUACAAUUGAAAUCCUUUUACAUCUCUUUUUAGUUGAGUCAGGAUUUUAAAAAGUUUGUUUGUAGAAUCUGGCAAUAUUUUCUCAGUUUUGUUGAAAUAUGUGUCAUAAAAUGUGCCAGCAUUUGCCUUUUAUUUAGAAUUUUGAAUAUGCUUUCUUGUACUUG